AAUUUUGAAUUCCAUUUUGCAGAUGGCCUGAAUCCUGAUUUCUUUAUAUAUUUGAUUUUGUUUUUUCCCCCACUUGUCAAAGCAUUUGUAUUUCCUCUUUCUUACAACUGCAAUUUGAUGCUGGACUUCAUCCAUCCAUCCCUUCAAUAGUCCUCGAGAAUUAUUUCAGUCUGUUCUUUUACCUCUUGUCAUCUUGUCCGAACACACUAUUCUAAUGAUGGAUGGCAACUAAAAUUGUUAUGGGAUCUAAUACAGUUUAUACCAACCAUGGAAUUCCAUUUUUCAUCGAUGAUAUGAGUAAUCUUAUGUUACCUGAUCUGAAUUACAUUUAGUGUUUGUAUAGAUAAGUUUUGUGGAGCGCACACUGUGGAACGAAGUUGAAAAGAGCAAGAAAUCGCAAUCUAAACAGUAAACAAAUAAGUCCUGUAUAAUGGGAAAUGCAGCUGUGAACAAGUUUCUUUUCACAUCCUUGUCAUUAAGCUGUCAAUCCCAUUCAGCUUUGUCUACAUUUUGGAUAGUGUUUUGUUGCUUGCACUUUUGUGAUUUUAAUAGCCUCAAACAUUUUUGUGCUAUUAUUUAGGACAGAUUGAGAUGAACUAAUUCUCCAUGUCUAGCUAUACUUAAUCCACUUUGUUUUCAACUAACAUUCUACAAUCUAAUUACUGCUGCAGGUAGUGGUAAUUCAAACCAAACAGGAAUGAAUGUCGGCCUUUCCAUAGCAGGUGCAGUUCUUGCUGGUGUUGGCUUAGGUUGGUUGAUUUUCCACUACAGACAGAAGAAAAAGCAACGGCUUGCUGCACAACAUACCGAAACUGUGAGCAAUGACCUUCCACCUCCUCCUUCAAGCAAAAGCAUCUCGACUCCUCCAUCGACUACUUUUACCAGAAGCAUCCCCUCUUAUCCCUCUUCAAAAUCUGACUUUGGUAGGGCCAGCUCCUACUUCGGUGUGCAGGUCUUCAGCUAUAAUGAACUUGAAGAAGCUACCAAUAAUUUUGAUCCUUCUAGAGAACUAGGAGAUGGUGGCUUUGGCGCAGUAUACUAUGGGGUACUAGCUGAUGGCCGUGUAGUUGCUGUCAAGCGCUUGUACGAAAAUAAUUUUAAGCGUGUAGAGCAGUUCAUGAAUGAAGUUGAGAUCCUGACUCGGUUGAGGCACCAAAACCUUGUGACAUUAUAUGGAUGCACUUCAAAACGAAGCCGAGAACUGCUUCUUGUUUAUGAAUAUAUACCAAAUGGAACAGUGGCUGAUCAUCUCCAUGGGAAACGUGCCAAUUCUGGUUUGCUAUCUUGGACUGUGCGGUUGAAUAUCGCCAUUGAAACAGCCGAUGCACUGGCUUAUCUCCACAAAUCAGAUAUAAUACACCGUGACGUUAAAACCAACAACAUACUCCUUGACAAUGACUUUCAUGUAAAAGUUGCCGAUUUUGGGCUUUCCAGAUUGUUCCCCAACGACGUCACACACGUGUCAACAGCUCCACAAGGGACACCUGGCUAUGUUGAUCCUGAAUACUACCAAUGCUAUCAACUCACAGAAAAGAGCGAUGUUUAUAGCUUUGGAGUGGUUUUGAUCGAACUUAUAUCAUCAUUACAAGCUGUGGAUACCAACAGACAUCGCCAAAAUGUUAACUUAGCUAUCAUGGCGGUCAACAAGAUUCAAAAUCACACAUUGCACGAGUUAAUUGAUUCAAGUCUUGGAUUUGAGACAAACAGUGUAGUGAGAAGGAUGGCUACAUUAGUCGCGGAAUUGGCUUUUCAGUGUUUGCAACAGCAAAGGGAUAUGAGGCCUUCAAUGGAAGAAGUGCUGGAGGUCUUGAGAGGAAUUCAGAAUGGGGAUUUGGACGCUCACAAGGUAAAGGUUGUUGAGAUGUUGAUAAAUGACGAGGCUGGACCCUUGAAGGGUAGCGUUGCUCCAUCGUCACCGGAUUCAGUUGUCACGGAUAAAUAGGUUAGCAUCUCAGUUGUCAAUGAUAAAUAGGUUAGCAUCUCUACAACUAAUUCUAGUGGAUGAGAAAUCCUUUCAGUCUUCUUUUUGGUGAUUAUGUUUCAUCUAUUUGCACGUCUCAUUUUUAUACUGAGUAUACGGUUUUGACAGUCAGCUAAUACUGAUCUUAAGCUUCUAAAGGAUGUACGUAGAAAGUAGAGCUGUUUUUUAAAUUAUUCUUCUAUUAACAUUGUAUCUAAUAUGUGUUUUUUCAAAGUUAAUACUGACGGAUUUUUUUUUUU